AUGGCGCACAAGCAGAGAGAACCAUACUCGGGCAAGAACCCCGUACCGGUCAUAGCCACCAAGCUCACCUCCCUUAUUUCGCCCGAGAAGGCUACGGAUGCCAAAGCGAAACAACUGCAGGAUUCCAGCGCGCGUCGAGAAGCUAAGGACACGCGGAAGACGGCAGACAAAUUGGCUAAGGGUCAUGUCAUGCACGUCAAGGACCCAACGACCGGGGAGGAGCUCGACAUUUGCAACGCGGACGAGGAGCCAGACACGCGCUCGAAAGGAGAGAAUGUUCUGCAUAACGAUUUCUCCCCUCCAGACUGGCAAGCGCAUCGCGACCACGUCCUCUCCAUCGCGAACCCCUCCGUCGUCUACACCUCCCUCGCCUUCCUCGCAUCCUUUCUCCUCUCCAUCAUACUCCCUUCCUGGCACUGGCGCGUACUCCUCGCCCUGCCCCCAGCACUCAUCAGCUAUGUCCUCCUCUUCCGCUUGAACCACGCCGCCGAGGCGGACUUCGAGCAGCGCGUCUGGCACUCGGAGCGCAUGCGCGGACUUGCGGCGGGCUCGGACGUCGACCACGACGGGAAUGUGACGGACGAGGAGCGGACGAAGGAGAGCGCGGAGUGGGCGAACGCGGUCGUGCGCGGCCUCUGGCCGAUCAUCAACACGGACCUGUUCAGCUCGUUGAUUGAUAUGCUGGAGGACAUCAUGCAGUCGUCCGCCCCGACGUUCAUUGUAUGUAUUCCUCAGUGCAAUCCUGCAUCGCUCACGAUCGGGCGACAGCACUCCGUGCGGAUCGCGGACAUGGGCCUUGGGUCAAACGCAGGCCGUGUCACUUCUAUCCGCUCCCUCGCAGACGUGUACGGCGGCGAAGGCGCAAAUGGCGAGCAUAAGGACAGCAUUGAGGGUCUCGGCAUCGAUGUCGACACUAUCACACCGGAAGACCGCGACGCGCUCGAUGGGGACCACAUCAACCUCGAAGUGUCGUUUGCCUACCAGGGCCUGCCGAGCGGGAAGACGGCUCAGAGCAAGGCUCAGAAUAUACACUUGAUGGUUGAGUUCUUUCUAGGUUUGAAGAACUUGUGGGGCUUCCGAAUCCCCGUAUGGGUCGAGAUUACUGGCGCAGUAGGUACUGCCCGCACUCGCCUCCAGCUAAUCCCGGACCCGCCUUUUGUGAAGACGACCAUUGUCACCCUGAUGGGCCUGCCCCGAAUCACGAUCUCCGUGGUGCCUAUGAGCAGAGCGUUGCCGAACAUCAUGAACCUACCCUUCAUCUCUGGUUUCAUCUCGAGCGCUAUCGACACCGCUGCGGCCGAGUACGUCGCCCCCAAGAGCUUGACCUUGGACCUCCAGCGUCUCAUUUCUGGCGACGAUAUCAAGAAGGAUACGGAGGCCAUCGGCGUCGUUGUUACUCACAUCCACCGUGCAACGAAUAUCAAGAAGAUGGACGCAACCGGGUCGUCAGACCCAUACGUCGCGCUCACGUACUCGCGACUCGAGAAGCCGCUGUACUCGACGCGGAUCAUUAAAGGCGACCUCAACCCCGUGUUCGAAGAAACCGCAGUGCUGCUGGUCGACGUCAAUACUGUCAAGCUGCGCGAGAAGAUCAGCUUCCAGCUGUGGGACUCGGACCGCAUGAGCGUCGACGAUAUGAUGGGCUUCGUUGAAAUCGACCUCGUUGACCUCAUCCGGCACCGUGGCAAGCCCGCCCGGCGCGUCUCGCCGCUCGCCUCGCCCGACUCGCGCAACCGCCCAGGCUCGCUGGAGUACACGGUCGGGUACUAUGGCAAGUUACCCCCCAACAAGGCGCUCACGACGGACGGCACAGACCCGAACAUCCCCGACGACCUGCGCGGAAAAGAGGAGCUCAAGGACGCGAAGGCUGUCGCGCUCAAUGACAUCGAGGCCGCCGUGCUCGUCACCCCGCCCGAUCCUGAAUGGCAGAGCGGGAUAUUGAGCAUGCAGGUGCACGAGAUCAGGGAUCUGUCGGUGAAGACGAUGGGCAAAGAGCGGAAGGGCGGUAAAGGACGCGAAGGGGAGAAGGGCCAGGAUACGGGAGAGGAAACGGAGGAGGAGGACCAGGGGCUGCCAUCGUCUUACUGCAUUUUAUCACUGAAUGAUGAGCUCGUGUACGAGACACGGGUGAAGCCCAUCACGAGUUCACCAAUGUUCAAUGCCGGAACGGAGCGCUUCGUCAGGGACUGGCGGAAGGCCCACGUCGCAGUUACUGUCAUGGACUCGCGCAUGCGCGAGAGCGAUGCCGUCCUCGGCACUGUGUUCCUGAAGCUCACGGAAGUCUUCGUAAACGCUUCGGAGGUCACUCGCUUCUACUCGCUCGAGAAUGGUCUGGGCACGGGCCGCAUCCGAAUAUCUCUUCUAUUCCGCCCCCUCGAAGCCAAGCUUCCGCCCAGCCUCCUCGGCUUCGAUACCGGCACGCUCGACAUCUGCGCCAUCUCUGUUGAAAACGCUCCUGGAGACCUUGUGCAGUGUGAGGUCCGCCUGAAGACCACCACCGGCGAGGCCGAAGAAAAGGUCUCGUACAAAUCUGUCGAGCGAUGCGCCGGAAGCCUGGUCUGGUUGCCGACCAGCGAGACGAAGCUGCCUGUGCGCCAGCGGUACGCCGCAGCGCUCCUCGUCUCCUUCCGUGACAAGUCCGGAUUCAAGAGCUCUGGCCGCAAGGCCCUCGCCGUCCUUUGGCUCCGCGAUGUCGUCGACCGUGCUGAGGGCCCCGUCGAGUGUGCGCUGUGGCGCGCGAAGGGCGGCGACUAUUCGCGCCUCAAGUACAACUACGUCCCGCCCGACGGAGAUCUGUCGUACUGGGACAGCGACCGGGAGAAGGUCGAGAAAAUUGGUACGGUGCGUAUCGACAUGGCGUUCUGGCCUGGGGUCGGCGAGAAGCACUACGAGAUGCUCCACGAGGGCCGUGGGUCAAGGAAGCGCGCGUCGUGGGAUGAGUACGACCGCCAGAAGACGGGUGGGAUGCGGGACGAGGUGGGGGAGAUGAAUGUUCGAGUGCCCAAGCCGGACGACCAUAGCUCGAAGGAGAACAAUGCCACGAAGAAGACGGAGGAUCAGCAGAGCGAAGAGCAGAAGGACAAGACACUCACCGGGGGCCCGAUCAACGAUGCUCAUGGCGACAACGAGGACGCGAGAAAUGAUGCUAAGGGCGAGGGGUUGAACACUGCGGUGUCUGCUGACGAGGUUCAAGUUGUUUCUCCGGAUGGCAGUGAGGCGGGCGCGCAUGCGGCGGGCGCAGACGGAAACGAUAGCGAAGGCGAUUUUAACGACGACGACAAUGGAGAUGGUGGGGAGCGGCCACGGAAGCGCAGUCUGAUGGAGAAGGUGAAGGACUGGCGGCAGCACGAGAAGGAGCUACAUCGAGACCACCGGGGCAUCAUGCAGGCGAAGCCGGUGCGCACCGCAGAGUGGAUCAAGGACAAUGUGCAGGAUAGCGUGCAUAACGCCAAAGACCACUUCAAGAUGAAGACUAGGCAGCCGGACGUUGAGACGGAGGUGUGA